ACCAUCUUUGUUUGCUUCCCUCUCUCAACUGAUCACUCUGUCUGUAAAGUGUAAGAUUACGACAAAACAAAAAUAUUGCUCUGUUUUCCAUUUCCAUGGCUUAAUAAUCAAUCAUCCUCACCGAUUCUAAUAUCUAAGCCUCUCCCAACUCUCUUCUUCCCUUCUUUAAUAUAUUUACUCUACAGUUCUCGCCUCCCUUUCCCUUUGCGUGUUCCCAAAUUUACACCACCUUCUACAACUUUCUUGAAGCUUUCGGAACAACCUCAACCGUUUCUCCUUUCAGAUCUGUUUUCUGAUCCAUUUCAUUCCGUUUCAGUGACUGUCCAACAUUUUGAGUUUCCUUAUGUUUUGAUUUCGAUUAUUUUUUCUUCACCUUACUCAAUUUGUAUUCCACUCUUUUUACUUGAGAACUUCUGGUGAGGACUUGCUGUGGUUUGGAAUGUGGGAUCGGAAACGUGAAGCUUUCUCAACGUACAAGCGAUUGUCAUUAAAAGAUAAUUCCGAUUCAAUUGACAUGGAGGAUAAUUCAGCUCAUUUGCAGAAUGGUAAGGAUUUCGAAGCCUCAAACCCUUCGUGGAGUCUCUCUUUACCGCACGUGCUAGUGGCAACCUUAACAUCAUUUCUAUUUGGCUACCACUUGGGAGUAGUAAAUGAACCGCUGGAGAUCAUUUCUGCGGAUCUUGGUUUCAAUGGGAAUACAAUGGCAGAAGGUUUGGUUGUGAGUACAUGUCUGGGUGGUGCCUUAAUUGGAUCUUUACUGAGUGGUUGGAUAGCUGAUGGGGUUGGGCGUCGUAGGGCUUUUCAACUUAGUGCUUUGCCAAUGAUUCUUGGUGCUGGAAUGAGUGCAAUGACCAAAACUCUGGCUGGAAUGCUUUUGGGACGGCUGUUUGUUGGGACUGGAAUGGGUCUAGGACCUCCUGUUGCUUCUCUCUAUGUCACUGAGAUCUCUCCUGCAUUUGUGAGGGGAACAUAUGGAAGCUUCAUUCAGAUUGCUACAUGUCUUGGACUCAUGGCAGCCCUCCUAAUAGGAAUCCCUGUCAAGGAUAUAGCGGACUGGUGGCGCACUUGUUUUUGGGUUUCUACUAUUCCAGCUGCAUUACUGGCUCUAGCCAUGGUAUUUUGUGCUGAGAGUCCACAUUGGCUAUAUAAGCAAGGACGGACUGAGGAAGCAGAAACUGAAUUUGAGAAGCUUCUUGGUGGAUCACAUGUAAAAUCAGCCUUGGCAGAAUUGUCCAAGUUUGACAGGGGAGAUGAACCAGAUGAUGUAAAACUUUCUGAAUUGCUCUUUGGUCGCCACUUUCAAGUUGUUUUUAUUGGAUCAACACUAUUUGCUUUACAACAACUAUCUGGUAUAAAUGCUAUAUUUUAUUUCUCCUCGACUGUUUUUAAAAGUGUGGGAGUACCAUCAAACCUUGCAAAUGUCUGCGUGGGACUUUCAAAUUUAGCAGGAUCUAUAGUCGCGAUGCUUUUAAUGGACCGCUUAGGAAGAAAGCUGCUUCUUCUGUGGAGCUUUUCUGGGAUGGCUGUAGCAAUGGCAGUCCAAGUAGUUGCAGGAAGUUAUCAUUACUCAGACUCUGGAGCUCUAUAUUUGUCAGUUGGUGGCACGUUGAUGUUUGUCUUGAUGUUUGCUCUUGGAGCUGGUCCGGUUCCAGGUCUUCUUUUACCAGAAAUUUUCCCCAGUCGGAUAAGGGCAAAAGCUAUGGCGAUCUGCAUGUCGGUGCAUUGGGUGAUAAAUUUUUUUGUCGGAUUGCUCUUCCUACAACUAUUGGAGAAGAUGGGGCCUCAGCUUCUGUACUCUGGCUUUGCUACAUUCUGCUUGAUUGCAGUUGCAUUCGUGAAAAGGAAUGUGGUGGAAACCAAAGGAAAAUCACUUCAAGAAAUUGAAAUAGCACUUCUCCCUCAAGAUCAAUAAUGCAUAAAAGUGGCUGGAAGCUCCUCAAAUCUCAUGAAGAUUACUGCAGAGAAUAUACUACUCGGUAUCUCCAACAGUUCCAUAUAUCUAUUUAACCAGUAACCACUGCCGUUGCUUCGAAUGGUUCACAUUGUUUUGUUUGUUAUCAAACGUUCUAUCUGUGCAUGUAAAUGUAGUAUUGUAGAGCAGUAUUGCCUUGUGAGAAAUGAGUGUAUAAUAGAGAUCUAAAAACUAUGCUAAUACAGAGGAAUGCUAGACUUGAUUUUGUCUCACUUUCUCAAUUUAACCUGUUAUGAUUUCUUA